UUUCCUGCAUAAGGCAGUUUUUGAGGCAUGCGCCUCUUUCCUGAUGACAGACGAUAUUCCAAUGCAUUCGCCACAAAAAUCAACACUUCAAAUCAAAGUCUUUCGAAAGGAAACAGAAGACCAGCUUUUCAAAACGCCCAACUAAUCCAUGUGCUAAAAAUAAAUUGUCCUCUCGCAGCCACGGUAGUGUUGUGUAACAUGUUUUUAUUUUUAGCUAGUUAGCCCGGACCCAAGCUUUGUUGCUAAUAGCUUAGUUACUUCGGUACCGUAAUACCAAGGUGUUGUAAGGUACUUUAGCUAUCUAACUAGCAAUAUCCGAAGUGGACAUUUAUGCAUUUAGUAUAACUAAAGACAAAGAAAACAUGUUGUGCAGUUCGUGUGGGUAAUGUUGGCUCUUUUGCCUACUCUCGAGUUCUGUUCGCCAUCGAGCAGGCUGCAUAGGCGGGUUGUCAUUGCAAUAUUUUAUUUUGGUUCACGACUUUGAGUAAAUACUCUGCUCGUCUGCGACCGUCAUUUGAAAGAAAAAAAUGAGGCUAUUUAGGUUCGGCGUCAUACUGACUCCAGAAUGCACGGACGUAGAAGUGUUUGUGUUGGGGUCACGGCCGGAAAUGGGACACUGGGAUCCGAAUAAAGCCGUAAAGAUGAAACCGGCGAAUGCUGUCCUGUCCACGUGCGAGCCCUGCUUCUUCAUCGGCGAGGUUUUACUGUCGGAGCCGUAUAAAGAAACCUUCUGGUUUAAGUACAUAAAACGCGUCGGCGGCAACAUGACCUGGGAAGGCAACGGCCCCCACCACGACCGCAGCUGCGAGUACGACAAGAGCAACGUGGUGGACGGGGUCCACUGCCAGCCCGUGAGCCACUGGAUCGAGGCCGGCGGCCACACGGACGAGAUGAAGCACACCACCAACUUCUACUUCGGCGUGGCCGGCCACCAGGCCAUGCACUUCUCAAGGGUCCUCCCCAGGGUGUGGCUGGGCAGCUGCCCCCGGCGGGUGGAGCACGUGACGGUGAAGCUGAGGGAGGAGCUGGGCGUGACGGCCGUGCUCAACUUCCAGACCGAGUGGGACGUGGUGAGCAACUCGCACGGGUGCCGGCGCGACACGUCCCGGGACAUGACCCCCGAAACCAUGGCCGACCUGUACAGGGACUGCGGCCUGGCCUACGUGUGGAUCCCCACCCCCGACAUGAGCACCGAAGGGAGGGCGCGCAUGCUCCCCCAGGCGGUCUUCCUCCUGCACGGUCUCCUUGACAACGGGCACACGGUGUACGUGCACUGCAACGCGGGGGUGGGCCGCUCCACUGCCGCCGUGUGCGGCCUGCUGCUCUACGUCCUGCGCUGGAGCCUGCGCAAGGUGCAGUACUACCUGACCGCCAGGAGGGCGGCGGUCUACAUCGACGAGGAGGCCCUGCUGCGCGCCGAGGGCGACUUCCUGCUCAAGUUCGGACGCCUCCGGCCUGCCGUCCACGACGUCGAGACGUGACCGGGGCGCCCCGGAGGGGAGGCGUUCGGGGGGGGCGGAGCUGUGGGGCGCUCUGGUCAACGUUUGUUUUUCGGGAUUUAGGGGUGGAAGAGCAGUCCUGUGUCCUCACCCCCCGUUCUGUGCUGUGCUCUCGGCUUCUUUGUUUUUUGCCCCCCCCAGCGUAGAAAAAGCCUCUAAAGUCCCCGUAAAGUGCGCUGUUUUGAUUCUGCAUGACGCCUUUUGCUUUCCAAAGGGCACCGUUUGUUUUCAUUUCGUUUUCAGCGCGUGAGAGUUUGCCAGAGGGCAGAUUUAUUUCAGCGAGGCAUCGCAGCUCCUCCCCGCGAGUCUGAAAACCCGGCUGGCAUGGCGGGAGGCGCCCCGGAGCCGCUCUGCCCGGAGUCGCGGUGAACGAGUUCCGACACGCCGCUUAUCGCGGCGUCGCAGACGGCGUUCCGUAGUAAACGACCGCUCUGUCGUCCGUCAGCUUCAAUUUAUGACACGCGGCUACGCGUCAUUCAUCCCUGGGAGAGAAACGAGGGGGGGCGUGGCUGGAUUCAGGGCUCGUCUUUUAACCAGUAACAUACGGCUUCGGUGCAUUCAGGAUCUCACAGGCAGCCGACACGUUCUCUUCAGAGCACGCUUAAAAGUUAAGAUAAUAAAUAUUGUAUUUUAACAGUAAUCAGUAACAUGGAACAGUGUCCUCUAAAACCUUCCAGCUCAUGACAGAUUUGACGGCUUUGAAAAAUAAACAUUUCUUUUUGUUUGUCGGACGCCGUCGUGAUGUAUUGGUGACUAAAUUACAGAUUCCCGCGGUAAAGAGAUGUCUGACAGCUGCAGAGUUAUAGCUCUGGGGGGGUUACAGGAAGUGAUGCAAUCAGGGACAGCUGAAGGGGUCAUUCAGGAGGUCACGAGUCAGUUAGAAUUUAAAAAGAUGCAGGUCAGCAUGCUGAGAGGCCUUAGCAACAGAGAGGUCAGAAACAACGAGAGGUUAGCAACAGAGGUCAGAAAGAAAGAGAGGUUAGCAACAGAGAGGUUAGCAACAGAGAGGUUAGAAAUACAGAGGUUAGCAACAGAGAGGUUAGCAACAGAGAGGUUAGCAACAGAGAGGUUAGAAAUACAGAGGUUAGCAACAGAGAGGUUAGAAACACAGAGGUUAGCAACAGAGAGGUUAGAAAUACAGAGGUUAGAAACAGAAAAGUGCUUUUCUCCUGAGAAUCUUUCCACAGGAAUUUUCUGAAUAGAAAAAUAUUAUUUCUGGCUCACGGCAACAAAAAUACGCCACGGUGUGUACCUGCUUUCUAGCAAAGCUCAAAUAAGGUGACUUUCCUCCCCCGCCCCACCCCCCCCCCCCCUACCGUCCCGCUCCAGCUGUGCUGUAAGAUAUUUGAACCUUAAUGUGUGCACAGAGAGCUGAGGAACCCGCAGGCUCCCGCGCUUCAAGCUCAAUCCGUCGGAUAAAAGCGACGCACGGCAGGCUCCACUGUUUUCUCACGCUUGUUUACUUCUCUCUCUCUCUCUCGCACGCUGUAACGUAUUCAGGUGCGUCUCAUGAAUAACAAAAACGCCGAGCCUGACCCACUCCAAAGCGUGCUCCCCCCCCCCCCCCCGCCACCCCCCCCCCCCCUCAGGUAAAAAGAUGGGAGUUGCUUUUCAAUUCCAGCAGUCCUCGGCGAGAGUUUUUUCCCCCACCCUUUGAAGACGGUCCGUAGAUUUCAUUAGCGGUGUGGCCGAAACCGAAAGAGGUAGCACCGCACACAAGAAAGGGAAUGGGGGGGUGGGGGGGGAGCGCGGCGAGUUCAAAGGAAGAGGUGUUUAAAUUGGAUAGGGAGACAGAAGGGGGCUAAACCUCCCAGAUAAUGCAGCGACCUGACCGUGACUCUGCAAGAGGGAAGCACAGCCCAGAGACUACAGAACUGCCAAGCAGACUGCUGUAGAGUGCACACCAGCGUUUGACCAGGCUA